UUUCAAUUAACUUCAAUGACGGUGGUAUGCGAUUUAUGGGUAGUGAUUGUGUUGUACAGUAUGUGUUUUACGUUGUAAAAUGUGGCUAUAAUAAUGCCAGUUUGUGAGAUUACUAAAGAAAGUAAUGUGGUAUAUUGAGAUAGCUGAUUCAGGCAAUUCAUUUUAAAGGUGAUAAAGGUAAUUCUUUUUCUCAAAGACGAAAUGUGUUCGAUGAUUUCUGAAGAUUUAGACUAGACUCCAGCCGCUAUAAAACGAAAGAGACUCGGGGUUCCUGGGUUUUUGUUUUCCAGAUAGCGUUUGGAUUACUUUGGAUAUACAUGUUGCAGCAUUAUGCAAUUUGAGGAGCUGGAAGUAGCAGUAGAAAAUGAAGCAGUGGCAAUAGAGUUUGCAGUGAAGAAAAAUUUAUUGCCAGAAAAGAAAACCGUUUGUCCAGUCUGUUUCGUUGGCAAUGUUGGCUGGUAUAAACGCUCCAAUGAAGGAUUGAAAGUGCCAUUUUCAUUGAGGUGCUCAAGAAAAAAGUGUCGCAAAAAGUGGUCAGUCACAAAAAAUACAUGGUUCUUUGGGUCUCAUUUAAGUGUACGCCAGAAUUUCAUGUUAAUUUAUUUUUGGAUUAGAGGUGACAAUAUUAGUGAAUCUGCUGAACAACUAAAAUUGAGCAAGACCACUGUUCUGGACUACUAUCAGUUUUGUCGUGAAGUAUGCUAUGUCAUUGUGAGUAACAGGACCAAACCUAUAGGUGGGCCUGGUCAUGUGGUGGCAAUAAAUGAAUUUCAUGUUGACAGAUUUAUUGCUUCUCAGCGGAAACGGGUCUGUUUCCUUGAAGGAGUAGAUAGAGACACCAACGAUUGUUUUCUGCUUGAAAUUCAAAAGAACAAUGCUGGGACCCUGAUUCCAUUAAUUAAAACAUUUGUUUUACAAGGGUCAAAAAUAUUGACAGAUACUUGGGAAUCUUACAGCAAGUUGAAGAGUGAAGAAUUUCAGAAAGAGUUCAUUGACCAUCAUCUAGAAUUUGUGGAGUCCAGUAACCUGGAAGGGAAAAGUAACAAAGUGAAGUGUAUGUGGCGUACUGCAAAACGUUUUGUUGAUGAAGCUCAGGAAUCAAGGACUCGUGACCUGUGUUUGUUUCAAUAUCUGUACUUCCAUCCGAUGGAAUUAUUGAGUACGGGUGAAAAGUUUGAUAGAUUUCUGGAAGAUGUUGCUAAGGUAUACCCUGGCCCAUUCAGAAACCCGUUGACAGCUGUUGUAUACUAGAGUGUGCUUAAAAUAUUAUAUUACUACUGUCCGCCAUGGCCACUGCAAAUAAUGUUCCUGUUUCUGAAAUACUUCGAAACAAAAGUCAGUUUGAAGAAGACGAACCUAAAAAGAAGUCCCGAGAAGACUGGAGGAAAGCGAAAGAACUUGAAGAAGCACGAAAGGCUGGAACUGCACCUGCUGCAGUAGAUGAGGAAGGAAAAGACAUCAAUCCUCAUAUUCCACAAUAUAUAUCUUCAGCUCCUUGGUACUUUGGUGCUAAAGGUCCCACCCUAAAACAUCAACGACCACAACCAGAGAAAGAGAAAACAUUCUCAAAACUAGACGAGUGGUACAGAAGAGGAGUAGAUACAACCUCUGUUGCAGUAAAAUAUAGGAAGGGAGCUUGUGAGAACUGUGGCGCAAUGACACAUAAGAAGAAAGACUGCAUGGAGAGACCACGGAAAGUGGGUGCUAAAUAUACUGGAGCUAAAAUUGCUCCAGAUGAGUUUAUUCAGCCUGAGUUAGCAAUGGAUUAUGACGGGAAGCGAGACAGGUGGAGUGGCUAUGACCCAUCUGAACAUAAAGCGAUUGUUGAGGAAUAUCAGAAGAUUGAAGAAGCAAAGCGACACCUGAGAGCAGAGAAGUUGAACUCCACUGUGGAUGACAAUGUUGAGCCAGAGGAGGUAGACAAAGAAGAUGAAGACAAAUAUGUGGAUGAGGUGGAUAUGCCUGGAACUAAAGUAGACAGUAAACAGCGAAUCACAGUGCGUAAUCUGAGGAUACGGGAAGAUACAGCCAAGUAUCUGCGUAAUUUGGAUCCAAAUUCAGCUUACUAUGAUCCCAAGACCCGUUCCAUGAGAGACAAUCCACAUGCUAAUUCGUCACUUGGUGAUCAAGAUGUUGAUUAUGCGGGUGAGAAUUUUGUGCGAUUCUCUGGAGAUACCCAGAAGCACUCUGUGGCACAGCUGUUUGCAUGGGAAGCAUAUGAGAAGGGAGUUGAUGUGCAUCUGUUAGCAGAGCCCACAAAGCUGGAGAUGCUUCAAAAGGAAUAUGAAAAGAAGAAGGAACAGUUCAAGAGUCAAGUGCAGGAGAGCAUCCUUCAGCGCUAUGGAGGGGAUGAGCAUCUCCAUGCUCCUCCCAAGCCUCUGUUGCUCGCACAGACAGAGAACUAUGUGGAGUACUCUCGCUAUGGCAAGGUUAUCAAGGGCCAAGAAAAACAAAUAAUCCGGUCCAAAUACGAAGAGGAUGUGUACCUCAAUAACCACAGCUCUGUGUGGGGUUCGUACUGGCACAAUGGACAUUGGGGAUAUAAGUGUUGUCACUCCUUUAUGAAGAACUCUUACUGUGUGGGUGAAGCAGGGAAAACUGCGUCAUCAGUUCAUGAUGAUGGAUCACAUGCUGGGACAUCCAGUGAAGCUUCUGGUAAUCAUGGAAAGGAAUCCAGCAUUUCUUCGGAGAGUUCAGCUUCCUCAUCUGAGGAUGACUCAGAAUAUGAGAGACAAAGAGCAUCUGCAUCUGAGAGCAGCAAGAAACAGAAGAAAAAGAGGAGGAAAGAAAAGAAAAAGAAACAAAAAAGAAAGAAGAAAUGUCAGCCUAAGGAAGAAAGUUCAGAGGAUAAACUGAAAGCUGCAUUGGAGAAAGAGGAACUCCAGCAGAAAGAGGCUAAAUGUAUCCUUGCUAUGGAUGAGAGGAAACGGCCUUACAACAGCAUGUUUGAAGUUAAGAAACCGACGGAUGAAGAGAUGGAAGCAUAUUACAUGAAGAAGAGACGAGAAGAGGAUCCUAUGGCUCAGUUCAUGGGCUAAGCAGAUCGUUGUGUGAAUAGCCCAGUUACAAAGGAAAAUAUUUUGAAACAGUGAUAGAAAAAGAAAUUGCUUUUAAUUUGCAGAAUAGACAAAUUCAUGUUUUACCUACACAAUCUGAUUUAGCUCAGUCAGUAUAGUGACUAGGCUAUUGGUUCAGUUCUCUGUGGGUUUAGAAAGUUUUUCUUUCUCUCUUUCCCUGUGAGUAAAGGAGCCAGGACAUGGAGCGCAGUACCGACCUGCAUCUAGUGCCAAGGGUAAGGAUGUGGAGCUGUGUGGAGGGCAAUUAAUUAAGCACAGGGACAGCUAUCUUUGCCCUCAUUCAACCUAAUUGGCACAGUACGUUAAAUUACUGAUUAUCUGGACUAUCUGUUAUAUAAUGUAAACAACUGAAGGCGAUGUUUUGGAAUGCUAGAUGCCAUCUUUAGAAUUGACAUGUGAAAUAUGUAUGGACAUAAUGAGUGUCCCAGUAGUUCUGCAGACCUAACAAGUUUUGCUACUGGAAAAUGAUAUCUGGUUUGCCCAUCGUAAGAGGCAGAAUAAUGCAUUGGUUAAAUAAAGUUAUUAUUUAAAUAAAUAAAUAAUAAUAAACAUGCAAUACAUUAUGAUGUAAAAUGCAGAAGAAACUUUUUGCUGUUUCACAUUGUUGAUAGAGGUAACUUAGGUGAACUCAUCUUUGAAAUAUCAUCCAAACCUGAAAAAUGGUCAUCAGGUUCAUGCUCUUGUUGGUUCUCAGAAGUCACAGAUUCCCAUUCUUUGCCAGAGAGUUUGUUUAGGAAGUAUUUUAAAUCUUUUGAGUUCUGUUUUAAAUGUUUUAUUUUGUUCAGUUUGAAGGUACCCAUCUUGGCAUACCAGAAUAAUCUGUACAAAUUGCUUUGGCCAAACUUGCAGUGAAUUUCAUGAGUGACAAGAGGAAGACCUGAUGGUUAAGAUAUUGGGUGCAUGAUCCUCUUGGUAGCUGCAAGUUUGUAGUGCCAGUUACCCAGAUUAUUUUAAAGGCUUUUUUGCACGUCUGAGUUAACAUUAAUUGAGUUACUUCAUGUGCACAUUACAGAAUGUUUUGUUGUUAACUGCUUUUUGUUACCUGGAGAUCUGUGAUGUGCCAGGGUUUCAGCAGUACAUGUUUUAACUUCUUACAAGGUAUGUACAUAGCUUCCAUGAUUCUUUUGUGUGUAAAAGUUACUUUUUCUCAUAGAUAUAUGUAUUUUUAUCGAAGGAUGGCUAAUGUGAUUGUAAUUAUGAUAGGAAAGAGCUUCUUGAUUGUAGCAUCACAGCAAUUUCAGCCAAGGGCAAGAAAAUCUUUAACCACUAUAUGUGGUUACAUAUAUGAACUUUUUUUUGGUAAAACUUACACAGUUUGAUAUUACAACAUUUCAAAAAAUAUGUUAUGUUUCUCAUUUACAGCUAAUGAAGUUUUAUUUUUUCCACGUAUCGGGCAUAAAUGCGCAGAAUGCAGUAAUAAUUAAUUGUGAAUUACACUGAUGUGUUUUCAGUUUGAGAAAUGAUAAAUCAUUGAUUUUCAUGAAGUGGACAAAGUAUUCUAAGCAUAAGGACACUUGGCAUGACCUACAGUCACUGCUGAUCACUUUGAAUGUUUUUGUGGGGCUGCAGUAAGCAUAUCUUCUACCAGUUUUUUUUUGUUUAGAACUUGAUGUAAAUUAUAGCGUAUCUAAUUUAUGUCCUUUUAUUGAUCACAUUUUAUUAAAACCCUGACAUUUUCAGUCAUAGAAGACCACCUUCAUGGGGUGUACCAUGUUAAAGGGAAACUUUUGCAAUUUAUAUACUCAUAUUUUUUCAGUUGACCUAAUCCUUGCAGCUGCAUUAUGGCCCUGGGGUUAACUCAACUUCUAACAGAAAUGAGU